AGCCCAAACUUAACCCUGUAGCUGCCGGUCAAGGAAAUUCAUUUUUAGUUUGUGAGUUUAUUUGUGGUGACAAGACAAAACUCUUCAACAUGCCGAAAGUGGUAAGUCCUAAUUUAAAUCAAUUUUUCAACCGCUUCAGACUUCAGACUUAAACACAGUUGGUAUGGUACAGAAAGUACAUAUUUGAGUACAUUCAUUUUCGAUCCUGCGUUUGAUAAGUCCGAUUAUUGAUUUCCUCAGCUGAACGUUCGCGUCACGACCAUGGAUGCAGAGCUGGAGUUUGCAAUUCAGCCAAGCACAACAGGAAAACAGCUCUUUGAUCAGGUAAAAAAUCUUGAAAAAAUUUAAACUCGCCGAGCAUUCUGCACACUAUGCAUAGUUUAAUAACUAUUUACUAAUCAGUAUUCAAUUCUCCACACAGGGGAACGACAUCUUUGAAACCAAGCCUAUUUUAAUCCAUAUGUUUUCAAGACUCUAAUUUAUUUUUCCAGGUCGUGAAGACGAUAGGCCUACGAGAGAUUUGGUUUUUUGGUCUGCAAUACACAGACACCAAAGGAUAUGAAACAUGGCUAAAGCUAAACAAGAAGGUAAAGUUCGAAUUCAAAUGUUUUGGAAAUGAAAUGCAUAUUUAGUAUUGCAAAACACCAGGUUGAGUCUUUGCAUCCUCCGCAUCUGUACCUCAAUGGAAAUAAGAGCUGAUUGCGUCUGUACUUCAAUGGAAAUAAGAGCUGAUUGUUUUGUGGUUUUGGCUCACGAAAAGGUACUCAGCUAAAUUGCAGAGAACCAUUAUGAAUUGUCUGGCUGGGUCAUUAACAUUCUCUUAAAUUCACUCUUCACUAUGGAUAUCAUCCAGCUGUAGAAAUUGAGAGAGAGCAUCAGUUGUUCGACCAGAAAAUAACAGAUAAAAAAACCGCAGGUACAGAUUGAAGGCACAUCAAGGCACGCUCCUUUUUGCUUAAAGUGUAUCCUAUAUGUUGAGACAAAAACCUCAGUAGGGAAUGGAUUUAUAAUUUUUUAAGAGCUAUAAUAUGACAUUAGUCACUGCCUGUCAAUGUGAGGGAUCCAUUAGUAAAAUAAAAAGUUUUUCAUACUUGACUAAUACCGACAAGGUAAAACUAAACCAGAAGUCACCAUGACAGCUUAUAAAGCUGGAGACAGGCAGACUGUAAAAUAUAAGUCUUCCUAUUUGGGAAGCACAGACCAUGACAUGUUGUCUCUGAAUUCUGAAAUGGCUGUGUGCCAUUUUUAUUCAUGACUAUUGUCUUUCCUCACCAGUUUGGUGUUAAAAUUGGAAUUAUCUCAUCACCUGCGACAAUCUUAUGUAUAUACUUUCAAUGCACUUCUGUAGUUAAGUUGCUUUUUCAGAAUCUGGCUCUAUAUUCCUAAGUUUCAUUCAAACUAUUGUUUUUUUGUUUGCGUAAGGAUAUAUAUGUUAAAAUUUGAGCAUGAUGACCUUUUUCAGAGCAUGGAAAACAGUGAAGAUAGUUAAAAUAGAGUGAAGAAAACAGAAGGGAAAUCUGUAUCUUAAACAAAUGAUUAAUUGAUUUCUCACGGAAGUUGCAAUAAAUUGCACUUGUUAAGCAUUCCCAGACUACAAAUGGUGUUAGUCUUUGUAAAAUCUACUGGCUCUUAAUUAUUCCAGACUGCAUGGGAAAUAAAUUGAUUAACUAUGUUAAUUAACCUGUAAAUUAAUAGACAUGCUGCUAAUGAGAUUAAAAGGUUUUGUUAAAGAUAACAGACUUGCUUGGAGUUGGUUUGAAUAACAAAGAAAUAAGUUAUUAUUUAUUGUGCUGCUUAGUUUAGCAGUUUAGAGACUGAUUUAUCAGUUCUUGUCAUUAAUCUUAUACUACUGACUCUUUCAUGUAGUCUUUCCUCUAAGAGUCUUGGUAAUUGUAAUUUAAGUUCAAAUGUUUUAUUAAAACACUUAUGAUAAUAAUCUUUGUCGCUCUCAAACUUUUAGUACAAAGUAAAAAAAAAGCUUUAUCUCAAUCAUUCUCAAAACUGAGACCAAUAUGCAGCUUUCAUAACCAACCACAGAUGACCUCUGAGCUACAGAAUUAAAAAGUUGAAAAAUUAUUCAAAUUUUGGGCAGACACUUUUCAAGGCCACUUGAACAUAAUGAGAAUUGAUUGUAAGUUUGUUUUUUUUUUUCUGUCCCUUUUCCACCAGACUGGUCGCCAAUCUCUCUGUUGCUAUUUUUUGUUAGGUUGAUGCUUAAUGUGCCUAAAAACUGUUAACAGCAGUCACUUCUCUGUUUAAACUUAACACGUAUAUACUUGGUGGUGUCACACCCUGAAACAGCAGGUCAUCUUGACAGGCGUUGUUGUGUUUAUAAGUUAUAAAUUCCUUUGAGGGUGAGGCAGCUAUGUAAAUGUUAUUUGAGGAAACAAAAGUGUAGAACUUGUUAUUAAUUUCAUCUGCCCAAAUGGCAGGGAGGCUUGGUGUAAGGCUUGGGUUUUUUUUCUUUUCAGGACAGUGUUAGAAUUGUUUUUAUUGUCAUCCUGUGGAAGCUUAAGUUGUUGACAAAACUUAAAAAAAUAAUUGUGUGACUAUGGUUAGAUCUGCUGUUAUUAUACGUAAUAUGAGCUUUGUAAUAAAGUAAAGUUGUAGCAUUUUAAGCAAAUUAAAGGGUAUCAAAUAUUCUUGUGUAAGGAGAUGUUUUGGUAGAGACUGUUGUGAUUUUAAAGCACAUUGUUGGAAUAAAGAGGAUAGAUAGGUAAGAUGCUGUUUUUGUAUGUGCCUUUGAUUAUAAACUGCCCUUGUACUAAACUAAAAGCAGCUAAACAAGGUUGAAUCUGUUAACUUCACACUUUUGUUUUUUGUUUUUUUUUUUAUGAUUAGGUACAAAGUCAGGAUGUUAAGAAAGAAUCACCACUUCAGUUCAAAUUCCGUGCAAAAUUUUACCCUGAAGAUGUGUCUGAGGAACUCAUACAAGAAGUCACAAGGGUGAGUUCAUUAAAAAAUUGGUGAAAAUAACAUAAAGUCCUGAGAGUAUCAACUAACUUCUUACUAGAAGGUUUAAGUCAUUCAUUACAGUGAAGUGCAAUGGCAAGAAAAUGAUUCAAUUAUUUUUUUAAGGAAGUCAGUUCAGGUGUAGAUGGUGAUGUUUGGACAUCAUUCUAGUAUUUUUCAUCCAGCAACAUGGUCAACUGGUUAUGCCUCACUUUUCUGAAAAAAAACAAAAAAAAAACUAAGAAUCUGCUUUGUUUGUUGGUGAAGAAACAUAAGAAAAGAGCAGAUGCAUAGCGCUGAACUGCUAAAGUAACAACUCUGUAAAAGGUCACAGAGCAAAUGUACCAAUAAUAACUUUCAGAAACCAACCAAUCAUGUUGAUAAUUGACCUGUCAAAUCAUUGCAAACUUCAUUGGAAGAAGUAACUGCAUUGCAAAAAUAACCUCUCUCUUAGAGAAGCAUACUGUAUGUUCUCUUUCAUUGUUUUGAGGAACCAUUGUUUCAGGGGAUGCUACAAAAUUUUUGGAAGUGUCUACUAUACAAACUUUAAGUGACAGCCUUUAUAAUCUUGCAAAAUACUGCAUAUUCCUACAAGGUCUGCAUCAUGGAUUGAAGUGUAAGAAUGAUGUCCUCAGUUUACUUGUCAAUGUAGGUGGUGGAGACACUUUUAGAGCUGUAACUAGAAUUCUGAUCUCUGCUUUCUUGUUUUGCAGAGACUCUUCUUCUUGCAAGUUAAGGAGGACAUCCUUGCUGAGAGAACUUUUUGUCCAGCAGAAACUGCAGUUUUGUUGUCCUCAUAUGCUGUAAGUUGACCACAACAAUCAAUAUUUUUGUGUCAGUUAAUGUCCCUAAUCAUGAUGUCUUUAUACUUUAAUCUUCUUAUUUUAUUGAUACUUACCUAAAAUCUAUAAUGUGAUAGUGCACAAUCUAAAAUAUUUCCCUGUUGUUGAGUAUCUUUUUCCCUGUUCAGGGCGUGAAAUUAACUUUUUUUUCUGACAGCCACUUGGCUCCUAAAUUCUUCAAAGUGGUAGCCAAUUCAAAAAAAGUCGGUCGCCAUUUUCAAAGACAAACAAAACCUUUUUUCACGCUGUCAAUGUUCUAGAUAGACCCUCCAAAUUAACUUAGGGAAAAGAUCUCUCACGUUUUACAAAGUGGACACUAGGAUGGAUGAUAUACAACCUUAAAGCUCACCUAAAUCCAAGAUGAUGUCCGGUUAUCGAUUGAGAUGCGUGUGCUGAGUUUUGGAAACAAACUUGACGAGGAAGUUUGCCGCGGAUUUAUCUUUGCAAAUCUUUUUAAUUCACUAUAUCUCUCGGUAAGGUUGUGAUGAAACAUUCUGGUCGCCAUUUUGGCGACUAAUUUUCAAGAUUUGGUCGCCAAAGUGAAAGAUUUAGUCGCAUUGGCGCCUGUAUUAGGCGCAAUUUCACGCCCUGCUGUUUUUGAUAAAAUAUCAUUAGGAAAUAAGUGUCAGUGGCUCCCUCUAACGACAACCUCAUUAAGCCUAAGAUUGAGUGAUGUUCAUAGGUUUUUUUUGAUAACUCUUAUUUCCCUUUUGGUCCUUGUCAAUCUCUGCAUAGUACUCAAAACGAUCUAAACACUAGAAAAGAUGACCAGAAGUUUUCCAAACAUUUUAAGUUGGUGGCUUCUUCCAAAAGAGGAAAAAUUUGGGACCAUAAUGAAUGUGAGAGGGAUGACUAGCUUGCAACCCUCAGUGUUCACACUUUUUUAAGGAAAUGCUCUAUUUCAAGGAAUUGUAGCAGUAGAAAGUUGGAUCACGUGUUCUGGUUAUAGAUGAUAACAAAAGAGAAAAGUAUGAAAAGGGGCAAAACAAAUACAUAACUUUCACUGUGACCAACUAAGAUUGUUUUAAUAGGACCAGUCAGAUGGUAAAAUCAUAAACACAUACAUAUAUUAGCUAAAUUUCCUCACAUGGCUUUUAUACAACUUAGGCACCCCUGUAGGAAGGAUUGGGUAGAGUAAUGUGCUCAAAUCUUCAGAGCUACCUUGUGCAUACAUUUAUUGAUUUCCUUAUUAAUUUAUUUAUUCAUUUACCCUGCAUAGUUACAUGCAAAGCAUGGGACAUACACCAAGGAUGUCCACACUACUGAGUUUUUGAAACAGGAAAGAUUAGUAUCAGAAAGGUGAGGGUAAUAUAUAGAUUUAGCCAAGCCUAAAAGCAGAGCUUGCAUUCCCCCUACUAUUUUGUAUAAUUAUGGGGCUAUGCUCUGCGAGCUCCACUAUCAUAUAUGAUAACAAAGAUACUAAGUAAUUUGAAAUGUUCUUAGUUUGUCAUUUCAAGUGCAUCUGAUCAAAAGUGGAUUUUAAUUAUUUGGAUUGAUGUCAGACCAAAAUAAUAAUUACUUACUUAUUUGCCUUUUUCUAAAUUCAGACUUUUUGUAUGUAUUUUGCAUGUUCAUUAGCUGUAUACUCUGGAUGGAAUCCUUAUUUGUGAUUGGUCAUUUGAGGCUACUUUAGUCUGAAAUCUACCUGUUAAUUGUCUCUCAAAAGAGUUCUGUCCUGUUAGUUCACCUUUGUUUCAGACUAAGAAUAAUUUUAAGAUGUUGAUUCCAUAUGCUGCUAGUUCUCUGAAAUGGAAGAAUUGUAAAUUAUCUCAAGGGGCUGGUGCUUGGCUUCAUUUAUUUUUUGAACACUUUGUUCAGAAAUGUAAUAUAUAGUGUUUCUAUUCCAUAGAUUUAUUGUCAAUAAGUUGAUAGAUGAUGUUCCUGGAAGGGUCUCAACUUGGUGGGGUGAACAUUCUACUAUAUCAAGGUAUGGCAAAAGUUACUUAGAAUGAUUCAUUUUCAACCCAAGUUAUUCUUCUAUUGGUUUUUUAUGGUAUAUAGGAACACAAAUUUUAUAAUAAGAAAAGGUUCCUGUACCCAUUUUGGAGCAGCAUUACCUUGUAAAUAAUGUAUAAUUCCAAUAAUGGUUAUAUUUACAAGUACAUACUAAAUUUGUGUUUAUGAAAAUUAAAUUUCUUUUCCUACACUAAGAAUUAGGGUAUAUUUUACCUGUGAGUAUUAUUAAUAUUAUUGUAUAUCAUAUGUUUGAAGGAAUAAAUAAACUAUUACCAAGUGAAAAAAAAAUUGCAGAAAGAAAGUCAGUUCUCAUUUCCUGGAAAGGAAAAAAAAACAGAUAGGCCACCAUGUUUGUUUGCAACAAAGUGAAGAGUUGCCUCCUAGUAGGUUCGAACCAUGAAGAAGGUGCUAUUUUUUGACGUGUAUAUGUUAGUCACAUGUAAAACUAUGUGCAAUAAGGACCUAAAGUUCAUUUACAGACAUGGAAUGUGAUGGAAUUUUGAAGUGAGAGUCAAAGAAAGCUAAAAAAAAAAGGACAGAAAAAAGAACCAGAAAAAGAACUAAAUCUACCCUGCAAACAGCUAAGAAAUUCUAAGAAUACUGGAAACUGUUUCUGAUGCUUUUCAAUCAAACAAAGUGCUAGUGAAAGAAAGGUAUACUUAAAAUACAUGAACUCAAGUGAAAAAUGAAGAGAUUGGACAAUAUUUUUUCCUCUGUGAAGGGCACCAUCUUUUCCUGUACUUUAUAUAUGAAAUUUGUAUUCAGGUUCUAUCAGACAACAUACUGAGAACUCUUGUUACCUCACCAACUUACCUCCCAUCGGCUUUGAAAUGUUUAUUGUGCAGCCUACUGACCAUGCUUUUGUUUCUGGGGAGAAAGGUUGGGGGGGGGGGGUUAGAGUAGAAGGUUUAGAAGGCUAUGAUGAGGGCUCAUCUAGUCAAAGACUGUUCAGUUAUUGCUAUUUUUGCUAGUGUUCCAAGAAUUGUUUUGCAGGUAUUUAAGUACCUUUUUUUUUCCCUAUUGAUUUCACAGAGAGGAGGCCAUGAUUGAAUACCUAAAGGCUGCCCAGGAUUUAGAAAUGUAUGGAGUGAACUAUUUUGACAUCAAAAACAAAAGAGGGACAGAACUCUUCCUUGGCGUAGAUGCAUUGGGUUUGAACAUUUAUGAAAAAGAAGACAAGUAAGAUUUGUUAAGUUUUGUUUACAGAAGGGGCUUGCAUUCUAAAGUUAAGGUAAAAAGAUACUUUCAUGGGUGGGAUACAAAAAAUUACAAUUAAAGCAAGUGCUUGGAAUUAAUCCUUAUAAAACUAAAUAUCAUUUCAAAGCUUGUAAACAACCCAAUUUUGAUAAUGUUGGUUUUUUCCCCCCUCAAAUGUUGAGAUGAUAAUUGAGCAGAAAGAGAAAAGUACUUAAUAUGUUUCUUUAAUCAAUUUAAAUGUGCUUGUGUUUUAUUAUUUCUGCAAAUAAUCUUUGGGAAGUCAAUCGACACUGGCUGAUUUUUGAUUGACAUCUUCUUUCAAAAGUUUUAAGUUUUUCAAGUUCAAGUAUGUAAUACUUUAUUUCUGACCUUGGCCCUUUUCAACCAUAUCUCAAAAAUGUUUUGCAAAAUCAAAAUUUGGUCACAAAAUUUGGCCACUGUUUGCUUGCUUUUGUCUGAAUUUGAUUUUUCCAUAAAUUCUUGCCUGAACUAAUCUCUUUGUGGUGGUGAAUUUCUGUAGAUUUUGCUUAAUUACUUGACAUUUUUGAAAAAAUGUUGUCCCUAAAGUAUCUUGCAUCCAUAAGGUAGUGAGUAACAUAACGUCUGUAACUAAGGGCCAUGUCCUACACUAUGUGUCAAUCUAGUCCCUUUUUUUCUGUGUCAACCAUUCCUUACUUCUGUUGCUUCUGCCAUUGCAUUGAAUAGCUUUGAUCAUGGGAAUUAUCCUAUCUAGGAUUUGUUUAUUGAAACCUGAACGUUUUUCUAAGUCAAAUAGCUGUUGUUGUUAUUGUUGUUGUGGUGGUUUUUGUUUUUAAUUAAACAUUCAUUAUCUUUUGUACAUUGUCAUUGUUCAACAUCAAUCAUUAACCUUUAAUCCCAGAGAGUAACAAGGUACCAAUUUCUCUUUACAAUCCAUCCCUUCAAUCAAUUGUUUAAGUUACGAGAGUGAAGGAAAUGAUCAGCAACUAACAAAGCUCUUGGUGUUUUUACUAAUUCUCCUUGUUAGAAUCUAGGAAAUGUAUAGAGAACAGUAUGGAGAAUAUGCAUACUGAUGUUAGGUUGUAAAGGGUUAAGCUAACAAAAAAUAGACUUGUCACAAGUUAUACUUUUCUCUUCAGGCUGACCCCCAAGAUUGGAUUUCCUUGGAGCGAGAUCAGAAACAUUUCCUUUAAUGACAAGAAAUUUAUUAUCAAACCUAUUGAUAAAAAAGCUCCAGUAAGUGUUUGCUUUUCAUCACCAAUGAGUUUUGUAGGGGUAUCAUUUCCAGUAAUAAACUGCAUCAGUACAAGAAUUUUCUCUUCAGUCAGUUUAAGUUUUAGCAUAAGAUUGCUUAUGGUCCAAAGUGGCUCUUCUGGGUUAAUUUAUAACACUUUGUUAUGGGCUUUUGCCUGACUGCAUCAAGCAGUGAAUUAAGGAAAUUUUUGUAAGUGCUGCAAUAUCUGAUUUUAGACCAGACCACAACAAAGGGAGAUAUACUCCCUACUCUUAGCAAGAAGUGUGUGGGUCCUUUAAUGUCUUCUGCUUACCAGUACAGAGAAUAUGCUGAGGCCUUCUAUUGAGUGUUGUUUCUCUUGGCUUUGGCCAAGCAGUUAUAUGGUGCUUCUUAAGUGUAAUCACUGGGGAGUUGAACUGUAGCAUUUGUUUUUGUUCUUUAUUUUUUAAUGAAGUACUAAAUUAAUUCUCUUUUGAAUUUCUAUUGCAUAGGACUUUGUUUUCUAUGCUGCUCGCCUGAGAAUAAACAAGCGAAUUCUGGCUCUCUGCAUGGGAAAUCAUGAACUUUACAUGAGACGCAGGAAGCCUGACACCAUUGAAGUUCAGCAGAUGAAAGCACAAGCUAUGGAAGAGAGACAGUCUAAGUUGAAGGAAAGGUCAGUUUUCUGUUAGUACUGAUGUAGCUCUCUAUGCUAGAAAUUGCUAUAAAAACUAGAGAAAUAGAACAGUACAGCUUGUUCUGCUAUCUAGAGACCUGUACAAUCAUGCAUAAUCAUAACUUGGAGUUAUAAAGUGAACAUAAAAUUUUUAAAGCAGGAAUUUGGCAAAGAAAGAUGCAGAAACUUGACAUUAUCUAUUUAGCUUUUAAUUUAAAAAUAAGAAGUGGUAUAUGUUUUUCCUUUGUUGUUUCUUGUGUCCUUGUUGUAGGCAAAGGCUGGAAAAAGAGAAGUCAGCACGUGAAACAGCUGAGGCAGAGAGGAGGAAGCUCGAGGAAGAGUUACAUAAACUUAAAAUGGAGCAGGAAAGACAAGUGAGAGGUACACAGUCAAAGCUCUUUGAUAGAGUCUACAAUCAUAGACAAAACUAGGGGAAACAAAACUGAACUCUGAGCUACGAAUCAUUCACCUCCAAGAUGUCUUAAACAUGAUUUCUACAGCCCUUACCCUCAUCAAAUUUUGUCAGAAGGCAUUCCAAUAUAAAAUAUAGACCUUGCCGAGAGACAGGAACUACUGAUUGGAGCAGACAGGGGUUCAAUAUAUUUUCAUGCAGGAGGGAAAUGAUAUGACAAUUAGGUGAAUUUGCUUAAAAGUUAAGUCUGAAAUUGAAGCCUCUUAAAGUUAAUGCAGUGGUCAGAGUUUGGAGCUCAAACUGCUUAGCUAGACUUAGAUGUGAUAGUUUGAGUUUGUGUUUAGUCCUUAAGCCUCCUCAGCAGUUUAUUCUCCAGGAUUUCUGGAUUCUAGUUUUUGUCCCUCUAAAAUAAAAAUUCCAAUGCAACCAGUCACUGUGGAAAUCCAAUUUUUUAAAAUUUUCUUUAAGAUGGACACCAUGCUCUAUGGAAAUGUAGGGUUAGUCCCUGCCGUCUGUAUUCUGAUUCCAAGGUUUCAAGCUUAACCCUGUAACUACUGACAAGAUCUUAUUGUUAAUUCUCCCCUCUAACCUGCCAUACAUUUCCUUAGUUACGUGAAGUUGGUGUUUGAUCAAGAAAACUUCUACCUGUUGAGUUUGAGUAUUCUUAUUACCUUUCUGCUGGAUAAUGUAUGGAUAUUUUAGGGAGAAGUUACAUGUUAAUCAACUCAAGGAGUUAAAGGGUUAAGUUUUCAUUGAUUUGUUUAAUGCUUACUAUUUGAACUGCAAGUUCCCUUCAAUGUCUACAAAAACCAUAAUUUUCACUGUAAAAAGUAAGCACAGGUGUGGUUUUGAUGUUGUUGCAGAAAAGGAAGAGGCAGAGGAGAAAGCUAAAGAAUUAUUGAGAAAAAAGGCUGAACUUGAGGAAGAGACACGCAAGCAGGAAGAGCAAAAAAGGCAACAACAGGAAGAAAUUGAAGAAAUGAAGAAGAAACAGAGAGAAGAGGAAGGGGAGAAAGAGAAAAUGGUACGUGUAGAUCUUACAUUAAGGAAAGAAAACUGAAGUGUUUUGGAAGCAGCAGUCUGGAUAAAAAUGUUUGCUUCUCUGUAGUACUGUGUUGUAACAGAACUCAGUGAGGAGUCAUUUUUUUGAGCCAAACAAGUAAACUAAUAGGCUUGAAUUAAAGGAUGUGAGAUGCAUAAGAUUUGUUUAUCAAAGAAAUUACAAGUUCUCCACAACAGUAAUUUACCACUGUCUCAACCCAAUGAACAAGUUGCCAGUAAUCAGAUCCUUGCAUUUGCACAAAGAUUACUGGGAUCACCAUGGGGCAAACACUGCAAGCUGCUCAAAGGAAAUGUGUGGUGAAAGGUUGUUUCAACAUCUAAAAAAAAAUAGUAGUGGACUGAACACAUAAACAAAGCUGAAAAGGCUUUAUUGGUUUGUUUCUUGGCAAUUUAUCGCUACUAAUUUCAAAUUUUGAGACCAUUAAGCAAUGUCAGUUUCACAAUAAACCUUGCUCAUAGAGAAAUGUUUAGAUUAGAUAGAUUUUACUACAUAUUUUAAGAUUGUUCAAACAAAAACUUGUGCUUCCCUUGUAUCAACAUAACUCAAAUCCAUUUCUGAUAAAACAGCAGUGAAAAGGGGAGAAUUGUUUCUUUGGAUGUUGAAACAACCUCUUGCCAUACAUUUCUUUCUAGCGAGUUGCAAUGUUUGUCCUUUGGCAAACACAAGGAUCCAAUUACUGACAACUUGUUCAUUGUGUAGUGGUCACUGUUCUAAGGGGAUUGUGCACAUUGAUUUAACUGCACAAGGAGAAAAUAUUUGUUUGUUGAGUUUUUUUUUUUUCUCAACUUUUCAAAAAGGCUCAGGAAAUAGUCCAGAAAGAGGAGGCACUUGCUCUGUUAAUGGAACAAGAAAAACAAGCACAAGAGGAAAGAGAAAAGAUCAGACUGGAGGUGAACAUUUUCAUCGUUAAAGGGGCUCACUUCUUCUGUUUAUUCUGAAGUGAUUUAUGAAUGUUAUGAGUUGUAUUUUGCAUCUUUUAUUCAUCAAUUUAAUAUUACUGGCCGUUAGCUCCCUAUAAGUAUAAUUGCUCCAGUGAUUAUGGAGAUGAGUGUGCUCUGAUUGGUGAAGUGGUCAUUGCAUCAUAUCUCACUAUAAUCCAUGAGGUGAUUAUAGCAGGGGUGCUGAAUUUCUAAAUAGCUGCCUUGCAUUUUGUAAUUGUUAUGCAGGAAGUGGUAAACGUGAUGGAAGAAAAUGAAAUCUUGAACAGCACAAAAGAUGCUAUUAAGUUUGGCAGAACACUUGUUAAAAGAGAGAGAAGAAUGUUUUGUUGGUCUAAUUAAAUGAAUCUGUUAAAUUCUAAUGGAAUCUGGCUGUUUAUCUCAGUACAUUUAAUUUAAAAAAAAUAGUAACAAAAUGGUUUCAACAACAAAACAAAUUUAUAACAGUAUUCGAAAGCACUCAAGCAAUUAUACUAAAACAAUGUAGGUCCCAGCAUUCAAAAUUUUGGUACUGGAGUUUGCUCUCACUUAGAAUGUUAGAGAAGUUGUAUGUCCAAGCUUUCAAAAUUUUGGCACUGGAAUAUACUCUUGAAAUCCUCCUGUGUUGGCAGACUAGGUGCACAUCACUUGCAAAUUGUUGAUUUCCAACAUUGCAACUUUAUGCGUUGUUAAUUUUUAAAAGUCACUGUGGCAGGGUGGUUUUGGACUCUGCCUCAACCUAGUACUUAAUUUGUAUCUUUGUUUGCAUAUUUCUAGCUUGAAAGCCAACAGGAAGAGACAAAGAGGCUCCAGGAGAAAACAGUCCAAUUAGAAGAGCAAGCUCUUUCAGCCCAGGUUAAGGAAGAUCAUAUUGAAAUGGAGGAAACACAAACAACACUUGAAACAGAACUUGAGGUAGAUCCCCUUGUAGAAGGAGACAGAUCUGAAGAAAAUCGUAUUACAGAAGCUGAAAAGAACGAGCGACAGCGAAAAAUGCUUCAGGUAUUAAUGCAGUGAUUGAUGAACUUUUUGAAUAUGAGAGUUCCAAAAGUAUCAGUAUUCAAUUUUUUUGCUUACCUAUACAGACAUUACAUUUCCAGUGGUCUGAUUGAAGUUUUGAUAGUGAAGAUAAGGAAUUUUAAAAUUCAACUCAUGGAUGCACAAGAGAACUAAUAAACUUUGCCACAGUAUAAACUGUAUAGAUUUGGGGAUGUAAAGGAUAGUUUUUGUUGGAAAAUCUCCCCUGAAUUUCAUCUUUGUCGACAUGUUAACACCCCAAUUUCUUAUUCAGUGUAUUAUGACAUUAUAAAUUAUAUAAUUGAGUGGGGUUAGCUGAAUUAACAGGUACAGUAGAAUACUGGCCUCUCAAGUCUUCCUUUUCUUUAACCUGCAAUAAUUCAAACAAGAACUCGGUUCCCUUCCUCAGUCAAGCAGUGUAAUUUUGCCCUUAAGGGAUUCCAACUUAAAUCAUUUUCUCUCUGAGUUAAGAACAAUAAUUAUUGGGAUUCCCCUUUGUAAGGGGGUCAAGAAUUCAUGUAACAGGUCUGUAAUGCUUGGGCCAAAUUAUUCUUACUGUGUUAUUUUAUUUGAACCCCUUCUGUUUUAGCUACUUCAAGAGGAUCUCCGGAAAGAGGAGAAGAAUUACUCUGCUUACGACAAACUCCACAUGCAGAACCAGAAAGAAGGAAGAGAUAAAUACAAGACGCUGAAGCAAAUCAGACAAGGCAAUACAAAGCAGAGGGUUGAUGAAUUUGAAGCCAUGUAGAGUCUCAGAGCCAACACAACUCAACAACAUCUGUCCAAGGUAGGCCUUUAAUUCUGUUGUCAAACAUAUAAAUCUGUAAUUACUUUAAUAUAUUUUUGUAGAGGAGAUGGUUUUGUGUCCUGCAAGCUGAUGGAAUUUGAUGGAUUGCAGAUGAAAACAGUUAAUAGAUAAAACAGAUAAAAACAGCUAAUCUAGUAACUUAAGUGGGGCUGUAACUUCAAGAAAAUUUCUACAAACAAAUGUUUCUAUUCCUCAGCAGUGGGAAGUUGACAAGGGACUAGAAGUACUGCCCAACUUUAGACCCUCAGAACCCAUUAUAGAAAUUCUUUAUGGCCAAUAUUUAGACCAUCUUUCUGAGAUUGGCUGCAAAGGGGACUAUAUGACUACAGUCAAAUGAUUUUUUUUUCCCUCUGUUUUUAGGUAUAGCUUGCAGCACUUUUGAAGAAAAAUAUUUGCUGUUUAUGGGAACUAUUCACUUAAACUUUAAUUCAUGGAAAAGUGAUUAUUUUGCACUCACAAGAAAUUUGAUAGCAUGUUAAUUAAUUUUUGUAAUGCUAGAAAAAAGAGGUAAUUAUUGAUAUGGUGAAAAAUGGUUUCUUUGUAGUAGUAAAAACGGUUUCUGCUUAGCUCUUGUGUGCGGUUGUUUUGUUGUUGAUUCUUUUUUGACUUCAACUGAGACCCUUUGACAAUAUUCAGAUUUCUCCCAAUGCAUCUUUUCAGCCUUUAUUGCAACAGUCUUGUUGCAAGCACAUUUCAAAGAUUUCGGAUUCACUCAAUUUGUCCCAGAUUAGCCAAGCAUUGUGUAAACAAGACACUGUAUUAAUCAUUUUUGUAACGUGUCUAACUAAAAGAAAGGUAUGCUUUGCAGGUUUCGCCGUUUGCAAGGGAGUUAUCUUUCGUGUGCUAUUGCCGUUAUAUUUUCGUCACUCCACUCACUCGCUGUACAAUGUAAUAUUUUCCUCAUGCCAAAUAUAACAUAAAAUCAAAUGAGGACAUGAGUCACUGAUUUUUCUUUGUGUGAUGCAAAGGAAGAGACCUUAGAUAUGACCUGUUAUUAAACAGGCGUUAACGUAACCAGUAUCACCUUUUGUUAGAUAAUAAGUAGCUAUUUUUGUCUCUUUGAUACUAAGUUCAAGGCAUGGCUGAUGUCGUGGGCUGGAGUACCCAAGCAUUGUUAGAAAAGUAAUCAAUUUGAAUAAAAUGAGUAUGUAAUGAGAAGGGAUUGGUGCUGUUGUGAUAUGUACAGGGAAUUUUCCUGGAAAAUAUUUGUUACUGAAUAUUUUAAUGGCCUCGGAUAUUAAAACUUCCGUAAAGUAACCUUUAUCGACACAUCUCGAUGUUUAGUAAUCGGGUUGAACAACAUGCAAAUUAAACUUCCGAACGC